CAAUUCAUGAGCUCUAUAACUGCAACCAACACUAAAAAUCCUCUAGUAAAUCAGAAACACACAAAACCCUAGUUAAAAAUGGCAGUGAUGAGUCACAACAACGCAGAAGGCAGGCUAUACGAGUCAACCCGGACUCGGCCGAUUCCUUACUUACAAACUGGUGGCCAAGAGAACGGAGGAGACGAUGAUGACGACGACUGUGACGUUGCUCCGGCGGCUUGAUCAUGUGCAUAUUAUCGUAUGCUACUAUAAACUUAAAUAACCGCCAUUUUAUUAUGUAGUAGUUGUGCUUCUUGUCAUAGAACCACACACACACAUGUAGCUGAAGUAGUAGAUCGUGCCUGUAUUUAUCCAUGUCGCAAACAGGCUUUUAUUAUUUACUAGAUAAACAACAUUUUUGACUUUGGAGUGUUGAGAGACUAGCUAGCUUUAAUUAAGUAACAAUAUAUAUAAUGUAUCGUGUGUCUAUUAUUAAUGAAAUAAUAUUACAUUAUGUACACAA